CUCUUUUGAUCGUCCCUAAGAGACCAUUGAAAAGGGCUUGUCAUGUCAUUCACCUCCUGACUGACCAAACAUGCAUCUGAACAUCUUCACCGUUCUACUUUUCGCUCUUUUUGCUGAAGGACACUCGCUCAAAUGUUAUCAGUGCACAGGUCUGCUGGGUUCUUGUGUGAAGGAAGAGAUUAAGUGUUCCACUGGAGAUGCUGUAUGUGCAAGUCAAACAACGGUACAAUCCAUUGGAGACGCUUCACAAAGCAUGCAGAUAAAAAGUUGCACUGAGCCAAAGACGUGUGUAAAUGGAUCUCUCAACCUGGGCAUUACAAGAACAGCAAAAACUAUGCAGUGCUGUAACACAGACUUCUGUAAUAGCCGAGAUACUUCAGAUACCAGCUCUAAAAAGCCCAAUGAAAAACAAUGUUACUACUGUAAUAAGAACAGUUGCUUUAACAAAUUAAGCUGCGCAGGAACUGAAGACUACUGCAUUAAUGCAAAAGCAAAUUCGGAAUCUAUGACAAUGACUGUUAAGGGAUGUGCAUCGAAAUCCAUGUGUGAUGUCCAAUCACAAAUAACUCAAGAAUAUAAAGACAUCUCAUGCUGUCAGGGGAAUCUGUGAAACAGCGCUAAGAGCAUCACUCAGAACCUCCUCCUCCUCUCAUGGCCGUUCAUCUCCUACAUCAUGUUUCACUGAAUUCAGCAGAACAUCACACUCAGUGAAUGCAACACAUUUGAUACUUUAUGGUGGGACUAAUAAAAAAUUGUGAAUAGGGAAUAGUUACUGAAGAUAUACUUUAGGCUCAUGAAUGCAACAACAGUCAGACAAACAUUACUCAAUAUGACCUGAAUUUUCAAUGUGUUUUCUUUCAUGUUAACACUUUCAUACAUGAAUUAUGAUGAUCUGAUUAGUUUUCAUUAGUGUUAUUAUUGUUUUAGAGCAUGGGAAAAACAAAAUUUUGAUCACUUUUCGAACAUCUGAAGAGAUGACAGUGUACAGGUUCACUGGUGUCCCUUAGUGCUUUGGCAGUAUUGCACCUGUACACAAUGAUGCCAAUAAAGCACCUUGAAUUCAAAUUUGGACAUACAGUAUGUGUUUUUUUUCCAAGGGUAUUUUACAUUUCCGGUUUUGGAUUUAGUAAACUACACUGAUCUG